AUGUCGUCCCCUCAUUACAUUGCGAAAUUUAAAGCCCCCAACCCAUUCAUUUCCUCUCUGUGUGUAAGCGAUGAAGCGCUGUGUGGAUAGAUUCGUGCACCAAAUCUUGUGCUGUGAUUCCUAUUCCUCCGACGCUCAACCCCCCAGAUGGCGAUGCUGCUCGCUCGCCCACAAGCCCACCUUCAAGACGCUCGCCUUUGUCUUCUGCGUCUUCCUCGUCGGCUUCUACCUCCGGCUGCAAUGGAUCAAAGCGCCAACAUACUGGUGGGAGAAAGGGAUUGGAAAUGAAGACUAUAAGUCAAAUUUGAGCGGCGUAAAUCAAUACCGUCCAUCGGAUGCUACGUGUCCGCCUUACUUCCGUUGGAUUCAUGAAGAUCUACGGCAUUGGAGAGAGACGGGUAUUACAAGAGAAAUGUUGGAGCGGGCCCGGAAAACGGCUCAUUUCAGAGUAGUAAUCCUGGAGGGGCGGGUGUAUGUUGAGAAAUAUAUGAAUGCAUUUCAGACCAGAGAUGUGUUCACAUUAUGGGGGAUUUUGCAGCUUGUUAGAUGGCAUCCUGGGAAAUUGCCGGAUCUUGAACUCAUGUUCAAUUGUGAUGAUCUCCCAGUGGUCCGAUUAAAUGACUUUUGGGGCCAAUGGUCGGUCCUACCUCCUCUCUUCGGUUAUUGCUCGGAUGAGUCCAGUUUGGAUAUUGCCUUUCCUGAUUGGUCCUUUUGGGGAUGGGUGGAACUAAACAUAAAGCCAUGGAGAAAGAUAUUGGAGGACAUAAGAGAAGGGAACAAAAGAACAAAAUGGGAGGACAGGGUGCCCUUUGCAUACUGGAAAGGGAACCCAGAGGUGCACCGCUCCAGGAAAGACCUUCUCAAAUGCAAUCUCACACAGCACCACAACUGGGGCACUCUCGUGUAUGCUCAGGAUUGGAGUAAAGAAUCCAGACAAGGGUUCAAGCAAUCAAAACUAGAAGACCAAUGCACACACAGGUACAAGAUAUAUAUAGAAGGACGAGCGUGGUCGGUAAGUGAGAAAUACAUAAUAUCAUGCGACUCAAUGACGCUGUAUGUGAAGCCAAAGUAUUUUGAUUUCUUCAUAAGAGGAAUGGUUCCUUUGGAACACUUUUGGCCUAUCAACGACCAAUCCAAAUGUCAUUCUCUCAAAUUUGCCGUCGAAUGGGGUAACAAUCACACAAAUCAGGCACAAGCAAUAGGAGAAGAAGGGAGCAAGUACUUUCAAGAGAAUCUAAAGAUGGAAUUUGUCUAUGAUUACAUGUUCCACUUACUCAACGAAUACAGUAAGCUUUUAACAUUCCGGCCGACGGUGCCAGCCGGCGCGGUGGAGCUGAAGCUGGAGACGAUGAUCGGCAGCGCUGUGGGGUUGACGAAGAAAUUUAUGGAGGAUUCAAUGGAGAAGUCUCCGAGCAAGUCAGGGCCGUGCGAUUUGCCGCCUCAUGAUCCAACGGUCCAGAGGGAGUUUCAGAAUAAGACGUUGAAUGCUCUGAAGCAAGUAGAUAUUUGGGAAAAGGAAUAUUGGAAAACUCAAAGGAAGGGGAAAUGGAUUUGGGAUUAAUUUGCUUUUGGUGAAAUAAACCCUAAUUUAUUUGAUGAAAAGUUGUUUUUA